AGUCAGUCAAUCGGUGUUUUGAUACGGUGACGGUCGUGUAAAAAAGUGUGUUAAAGCGUACAUUCUCUAAAACCGAAGUGUUUCUUAAGUUCAUGAUGUCGGAUGAAAUCGCAGAGAAUGGAACAGCGAACGGCGACGUUCCGGAGAUCGAGCUGAUCAUAAAGGCAUCGACAAUAGACGGGCGGCGGAAGGGCGCGUGUCUGUUCUGCCAGGAGUACUUCAUGGACCUGUACCUACUCGCAGAGCUUAAGACCAUCAGCUUAAAGGUGACGACAGUGGACAUGCAGAAGCCGCCGCCCGACUUCCGCACGAACUUCGAGGCCACACACCCGCCCAUUCUCAUCGACAACGGCCUCGCCAUCCUCGAGAACGAGAAGAUCGAGCGCCACAUCAUGAAGUCCGUGCCCGGCGGUCACAACCUAUUCGUACAGGACAAAGAAGUGGCCUCACUUAUCGAGAACCUGUAUUCGAAGCUGAAGCUGGUGCUGGUGCGCAAAGACGAACAGAAGUCGGCGUCGCUGCGCGCGCACCUCGCGCGCAUCGACGCGCUGUUGGAACGCCGGGGCACGAGGUUCCUGACGGGCGACACGAUGUGCUGUUUCGACUGCGAGCUGAUGCCGCGCCUGCAGCACAUCCGCGUCGCCGGCAAGUACUUCGUGGACUUCGAGAUCCCGACGAGCCUGGUAUCGCUGUGGCGCUACAUGUACCACAUGUACCAGCUGGACGCGUUCACGCAGAGCUGCCCCGCCGACCAGGACAUCAUCAACCACUACAAGCUCCAGCAGGCGCUGAAAAUGAAGAAACACGAAGAACUCGAGACGCCCACAUUCACGACGUCCAUCCCCGUGGACGUGAACUCUUCCCACCACGAGUAGUAGCGCGCCACAAGUCCCACCACUCCACCGUUAUUAGUAAAUAGUAAGGAACGCUGGCCGGUAGCACACA